GGUGCAGGCACCCUUUCGUUAUUGAAUACCAGUUUUACAAUUGAAAAACAGUUGUUCGGAGGGAUAGAAAAAUGAAAAGCAUCACUUCGUUACAUGGGAAAGUUGAGACUGUUGGGGUGAGGAGGACAGAGUCUGCAGACGCCCCAGACAUCAACAGCCUCAUCACUCCUUCCACAGCGGACGUGUUUGGAAGGGUUCACGUAAUCUACCUGCUAGAGCAGGCCAACCUCGCCGUCACGCUGACCAACACGAGCAAUGAGCUCCUUGCCCACGCCGCCUUCCUUAACCACCCGAACGUGGACUUUGUGGAUCAGGCCUGCUGGGAGCCGUGGUUUUGUGAACAAUUUGGAGCAGACAAAUGCACGCCACUGAACACGCUCUUCAUGCAUCUCUUUGUGGCCCUGCCAGAAUUCUCCAUUGCAAGUGCUAAAGAGAUUGUAAGAACAGUAUUCAGUGCUAUCCCGGACCUACACUACAUCUUCCUAGUUACUACCAACAGCUCAUCCCUCGAGCCAGCUUUGGCUGAGCUUUUUGAGCCCUUGGCAUGCCUCCAGGAUCCCGAGAGCCCGUGUUCUGCGUUUGUGUGCCUCAGACAUAACCACGUACCCAGGCUGCACAUUCGUCGAGCCAGGGUGGAGGAUCACGACGACCUCACUCCUAUAUUAGCAGAACAUGCCAGUAUGCUCAAUGCUUCCUACGGCCCGUACUUUCUGGCCGACCUCAUCGAAGCCCAGGAUGAGGACCACCACGCAGCAGUUUGUGAGGAUGAAGGUACUGCCGUGGGGUUCAUCAGUGCAAGUGCUGAGGUCAACCUGAAGCUGCUCUCACAAUGCUUUGAGCUUGCGCCCUUCGACCGGCUCUGCAAACCAGCCCCCGAGGGCCCAACCGAGAUGGAGCCCGGUCUUGAUAUUGCUGCACUUCCACAGGAGCCCGAUGCAGACAGCCUCAGUGAUCAGGAGCCACGGGUUUCAGAGUCUCGGGAGUCCAGCCUGACGCCAGAAUUCAUAAUCCACCCAGAGGCCUCAAAUGCCUUCUGCAUCCAAUUAUUUUUUGUGGAGCAGAAGUAUGAAACAAGGUCCGUGGACUUCCUGCCCUAUAUGUUUGCACUUUUCCCUGACCGUGACUUCUGUGUCAUCUCUGUGCCAAUGAUGGUCCCAGAGUUCCCCCUUCUGAAGAGGUUCCUCCGCGUGACCCCCCGGCCCGCCAGCAGCCUGCCCCAUGAGCUCUACAUCUGCCACCGCUCCAGCCUGCUUACGGACUUCGAGGUGAGGGUGGCCGUGUCGAGUGACAGGAGUUCUGUGGAGGCCUUGAUUGGGAAGCUUCGGCUGCAGGAGUCCAUCCUGGAGGACUUGGACCUGUUCUGUCAGGCCCGGCGCGAUCCGCACGGGACCCCUCUGCAGGCAUUUGUGGCCGUCGUCCAGGAACAGGUUGUGGGCACGGCAAUUAUCAGGAACGAGGAGGACAUCGAGUACAUCCGAUCCCACUACAACAUCGAGAGCUUCAUUUAUUUCAGCCACCACCAGCGUGAGGACCAUGGCCAGCUGUCCCACUUUGCUCUCAACCCCAUCUUCCAGUAUUACGCCAGGCACUUCCUCGGAGAGGCCCUGCGGCUGGGACACAAAUCCUGCCUUUACUACCCCAUCUACCCCCCCCACCAGAGUCAGAGGAAUGCAUCUGCACACUCUCUGACUUGGGCUCUGGGAUGCAUGGUUCCGGUGCGUCCGCGACGGCAAAUCGUCUACCCUCUGGAGGAGCUCGGAAUCAAUGCCCCUCCGGCGCAAGUUUCCAAGGAGGAGGUACCUUAUGCUCUCAACCAUUUCAGCAGAAAGCUGACGAUGGAGCCAAAACUAACAAUAAAUUCAAGGAUCGUGGUUGUGGGAGCGUCUGACACGGGGAUGUCCUUCCUGGAGGUGCUGUCUUUCUGCCCACAUCUAAGGUUCAACAACCUCAUACUGAUUUCCACACAUGGAUUCCCAGACAGUGGUAUCAAUGAGAAUAUGAGGUUUCUGUCCACAAGCCACAGCUACAGUGCCCAGGACCAUGCCCAACUCUCGCUCCGCUCUCGAGUCCAUGUAGUUGCGGGCAAAAUCAUCAGUAUUGACAGGGCUGCCAAGCAUGUCGUCGUGUCUGGGGGAUGCCAGGUGGCUUACGACCAUCUCGUACUAUGCACUGGGCAGCAGUACCAGGUGCCCUGCCCCACUGGAGUGGAUAUCAGUCAACAAGUGACAAACUCUGAUGCUGAGGUGCAGCGCAGCCAGUGGUACAGAUGGCCUGUGCCCUCUAACCUUCUGACCCUCAACGACAACCACGACUGCCAGAUUGCUUACCACUGGCUGCUCGAGAACUUUAUUGAUGGGGAAGGUAACGUGGUCAUCUAUGGCAACAGCAUAGACGCGUACACCUGCGUAGAGGCACUUCUGUGCAUGGGUGUGAGUGGCUCUCGUAUCCAUCUGGUCCACCUGCCCACGGACUCCCCCGGCUCUUGUUUCAACAACCCUACCGUGGAAAGAGCCGUGACAGAGGCCCUGAAUAAGAGGGGCGUGACCGUGUACGAAAACUGCUUGCUGGCACAGGUGAAUGAUGGGCAGGACCCUGAGCCAAUCACAGCUGUCUCCUUCACAACUAACAAAGAGGCCUUGCGCAUGGAAUGUUCAGUUUUCAUGAACUUUUCGAGGAAAGGUGUGGAUCAUGACACCUUCAGGGUCCUCAACGAUGCCUGCCUUGUGUAUGACGGAGGGCUGAUCAUUGACACCGCUUUCCUCACGAACGACCCCGCCAUCCGAGCUGCUGGGCCCCUCACCAAGUUUGCCCGGCGUUACUAUGCUGACUCUUGGGAACAUGCCCAUUUCAACUCCAAGGAGGUCGGUCAGGCGUUGGCCGCGGCGCUGCUGCCCCUCUUUGACCCCACACUGGAGCCCACCUCCAACCUCCCCGAAGGCAUGGACCGCCUUGUCCUCAUCUACGCUGAUGCCAAGAUCCAGGGUGGGAAAUUGCCAGGAGGCUACAGCUAUCUGCAGGUUGCAAAACCAGCCAUCUGUAUGCCAUUAGUAGCCCAGCCAUCACCAGCCAAACAUGGUCAAGAGAUGGUCACCGGGAGCAUAGAGGCUGGCAAAUACUUUUGUCUGUAUGUGAACCAACAUGGCGUGGUGGAGUCCAUCACCUGCCUUUCUCUGAAACCAAUCCCGGUUUCCAACUACCUCUGCCUUUACGGGAAACACGAACAGCUCCUGAAUCGGCUCUGCGAUCGCUUUGAUGAGGGCCUCAUCCAUGAUUUCUACAGCUAUUUCAAGGAGCCAUGGUGCCUGGCAGUUUACCAUGAUCGCUUUGCAGAUUUCGAAGAGGAAGUGCGUCAGAUUAUGGAGUCCGCAAAAGUGCAGGAUGAUGGUGACUUGCUUUCCCUUCCAGAGCUUGUCCAGAAGGUACUUAAUGAAGAGGCUGUUUCAGAAAAUCCAAAAAUAUACCUCAAGAACAUUUUUCAGAAAAGCGACAGCAUAACUACGCUAAAGAAAAGCAUGUUAAAUUACCUGAAUUACAACAGAUACCAUUUGACCAUGUAUGCUCAGCCAGGAUUAAUUUAGUAAUUUACACCAAUGUGACUUUUUUGUCUGCACCAGUAUCUCACUAUUUAAUGCUUACUACAUAUACUGUGUACUGUUUUCAUUACUUUUUAAAGUUUUUCAAACACUUAGU